AUGAAAUAGAUGAGAGAUCGCUCCUCUUCUGAAGAGUAUGAUAAAAUUUUUGAUGGCAAGAAGUAAUCUCCAGUUUAAGAUAAGAAGGGCAAGAAAUAGAGUUAUACAUUUGAGGAUGGAUAAUAUUUUUUUGAUGUAAAUUUUGUUCUUUUAGAAUAUUUAAAGCUUACAACUUAUAAAAAGAUUGCUAUAUCCAAAUUCAAAGGAAAUACAAUGAUUAGUUUACGUGAAUACUUCGAUAAAGAUGGAUAAAUGUUGCCAACUAAAAAGGGAAUUACAUUGUCAUUGGAUAAUUGGGAGAAAUUCAAAUAAUAUAUCGGGGAGAUUGAUGAAUGCAUAAAUAAAUUAAAAAAAUGA